AUGGCAUCGUUCGGACCGACGACUUUGCCGAACUCGGAUAACCAGCUGCAGGCCAGCCAAGGCACGGCGAUCUUCAGCUACACCUGCAUCGGCCUCACGGGCGCCGCGCUCUUCUCCGUCGUCUUCUUCUUCUGCUAUCAAUUCCGCAACCGAGCACCGGUGGCCGCCGCCGGGGCAGCGGCCGGUACCGGUGGUCGCGGUCGCAUCGUGGACCUCGCGAAGCUUCCGGAGUUCGCGUACACCAAGUCUGCAAGGCACAGCGGACGCGGCGACGGUGCGCAGUGCUCUGUGUGCAUCGGCACGGUGGAGGGCGGCGAGAUGGUGCGGCAACUGCCGUUGUGCAAGCACCUGUACCACGUGGAGUGCAUCGACAUGUGGCUGGCGUCGCACGACACGUGCCCGCUUUGCCGCGCGGAGGUUGAGCCGCCGGACGACGACGGUCAACAAGCGAUGACGACGGAGCUGCCGGUGUAG